CCGGGUGAGGAGAGAGCGGGUGGCAGAACACAUCAAUCUCGAUGCAUCCAUAGGAUAUCCCUUCCGGAGAAUUACCAGGACAAUACCCCAGCCCUAAACUAGGCUACUGUAUUGCAUUGGGCGAAGCACAUGGCAGACUACUUGAUCAGUGGAGGUACAGGCUACGUGCCAGAAGAUGGCUUGACCGCCCAGCAACUUUUUGCUAUCGGAGAUGGUCUCACUUACAAUGAUUUUCUCAUCCUUCCUGGCUUCAUUGACUUCACCUCAGAUGAAGUGGACUUGACGUCGGCCCUGACCAGAAAAAUCACGCUCAAGACUCCCCUCAUCUCCUCCCCCAUGGAUACGGUCACAGAGUCCUCAAUGGCCAUCGCCAUGGCACUCAUGGGGGGAAUUGGCAUCAUCCAUCAUAACUGCACGCCCGAGUUCCAGGCAAAUGAGGUUCGGAGAGUGAAGAAAUUUGAGCAGGGCUUCAUCACAGACCCGGUGGUGAUGAGCCCCAGGCACACAGUGGGCGACGUGUUUGAGGCCAAGGUGCGCCACGGCUUCUCUGGCAUCCCCAUCACCGAGACGGGCAAGAUGGGCAGCAAGCUCAUGGGCAUCGUCACCUCGCGAGACAUCGACUUCCUCUCUGAGAAAGACCAUGACAGACCUCUGGAGGAGGUCAUGACAAAGAGAGAUGACUUGGUAGUUGCGCCUGCAGGCGUGACCCUGAAAGAGGCCAAUGACAUUCUGCAGCGCAGCAAGAAAGGUAAGCUGCCUAUCGUGAAUGACAAUGACGAGCUGGUGGCCAUCAUCGCUCGUACGGACCUGAAGAAGAACCGCGACUACCCGCUGGCCUCCAAGGACUCGCGCAAGCAGCUGCUGUGCGGCGCGGCCAUCGGCACUCGCGAGGACGACAAGUACCGCCUUGACCUGCUCAUCCAAGCCGGAGUGGACGUGGUGGUGCUGGAUUCAUCCCAGGGAAACUCAGUCUUCCAGAUCAGCAUGAUCAACUACAUCAAGCAGAAGUACCCCGAGCUGCAGGUGGUGGGAGGAAACGUUGUGACUGCGGCGCAGGCCAAGAACCUGAUCGACGCGGGGGUGGACGCACUGAGAGUGGGCAUGGGCUGCGGCUCUAUCUGCAUCACGCAGGAAGUGAUGGCUGUUGGGCGACCACAGGGCACAGCUGUGUAUAAAGUAGCGGAGUACGCCCGCCGCUUCGGAGUGCCUGUCAUAGCUGACGGGGGCAUCCAGACGGUGGGCCAUGUGGUGAAGGCUCUAGCCCUGGGAGCAUCUACAGUAAUGAUGGGCUCGCUGCUGGCGGCCACCACAGAGGCUCCGGGCGAGUACUUCUUCUCGGACGGCGUGCGGCUGAAGAAGUACAGGGGCAUGGGCUCUCUGGACGCCAUGGAGAAGAACAGCAGCAGCCAGAAGCGCUACUUCAGUGAGGGGGAUAAGGUGAAAGUGGCUCAGGGUGUGUCUGGGUCAGUGCAGGACAAAGGCUCCAUCCACAAGUUCGUGCCCUACCUCAUCGCGGGCAUCCAACAUGGCUGCCAGGACAUCGGGGCUAAGAGCCUGUCCAUCUUACGGUCCAUGAUGUACUCUGGAGAGUUGAAGUUUGAGAAGAGGACCAUGUCAGCUCAGGUGGAAGGGGGGGUGCAUGGCCUUCACUCUUAUGAGAAGCGACUUUACUGACGGAGGCGGCCAUGGAGGACUUCGAGGAGGAGGAGGAGGAGGAGGUCACAUGCGGGGAGCUCCCAACGUGCCCACGCCAGCCUCACUCAAACACAACGGCUACCUGUGACCAACCUGACCAUAACACACCACCCAGCCUAGCAGCAGGACCUAAACACUGUACUGUUCUACGCACGCACUGCCCUCCUCAGCCGAUCCAGUCUAGUUAGUAGAUCAUGGCUCUCCAACCCCCCGGACCCAUGUAGACCAGUGAUGAUGAUGGGUCUAGAAGGGGCCCAAGCCUGCAAAACAGGCUACCGGACCGAAAGUAGGACCACAGGGUAUUGGAGGAUGGAUCCGUGGCUUGGUCCACAAUUGCAACUUCUUCAAAGCACUCACCGGAUCUACACAGACACACUCACGCUUGCCACCCUACGCUCAUUUUAGCACACACCCAGGGGCGGUUGUACAAUAGAUUGGCCUUGGGCCUCUCCAACUUCCCCGGACUUCAGGGGCCCCCAGACCAGCUGUCCCCUCCCCAUUCCUUGCUAACAAUCAGUGAUUUGAAAGGACCCCUAGCUAAUUUUGCCUUGGGCCCCCAAAUUGCUAAAUACGCUACACAUCAUAAUUCAUCACCAACAAUGACAGCGCAAUGGACAAGAGACAUAUGACUCUCAGAGAGAAUGGACUACUGUUCUGAGUUGCUGUGUACAUUUGUGUAGCAUUUUGCUCUUUCCCACUUUGGUCUCACUAUCGGCACACUAGUAUCCAGCCUCAUUGUUUCUGUACCGUGUGUGUGUGUGUGUGUGUCUGAUAUUUAGCAUAGCUGUGCAA